AUGGCGGCCUUACCGUCCGACAGCCGCUUUACCUAUGCUGCAGCCGAUUCAGCACCAGUCAGUCGUCCCCCUUUCGACUUAGACGAGGUCCUGGCCCCUACGGUUCAUUACUCUUCCGGCAGCCAGUGCCACGAGGAGGCCAGCCUGAGAUUGCAGCCCGACUGGCGUCCCUUUGUCUUGGCUUUUCCAGCAGUCGAUCCCGGCGGGGCCAACCAGUGCACGGUGUGCAUGGAAGGUUUCAGAAGCUCCGACGAAUGCGGCAGAAGAAUCCCCUGCGGCCACGUGUACCAUGCUGACUGCAUCACAACUUGGCUCUCCCUCUACGAUUCCUGCCCCCUCUGCCGGCUCAAGGUUUCCCUGGAAAGAACCAAUGGUGACAAGAUUUGUAAUUUCGAUAGCUCCUUAUAUGACCAGUUCCUCCCCUAUGUGAUGCAAAAUGUCAGAGACAUGCUUUAG